UCGCCAUCUAGUAGCAUUUCUAAAAAGGACAUGACAGUAUCAGAUUUUGUUCAAGGAGAAGACGAUGACGACAGUGACAACAGUUCUAUAAGACCGAAUCGUAAAGCUGGAGUUUUAUCUGCACCAGUUGACGAUGAAGAAAAUCUGGACAAUAUUUCUUUGGAUUAUGUUGAAAAAGAUUACAAAACUCGUCAAUUAAUUGAAAUGGCAAUAUUAAACAACGAUUUUUUAAAGAAUAUUAUGUACGAUGAUAGAUUGGAACGAGUAAUAAGUGCAAUGACAUCACAGCAUUAUGAUGCUAAUAGCUAUGUUAUAAAUGAAGGAGAAGUUGGAUCGAAUUUAUAUGUAUCGGCUACUGGAAAUUUCGAAGUAAUAAAAGAUGGCAAAGUUGUUAAAAUUUUUGGUCCUGGAGUUGCUUUUGGAGAGCUUGCAAUUCUGUACAAAGCAAGAAGAUUUGCUUCAAUCAGAGUAACGACACCAGCAACAGUAUGGACCCUGGAAAGAACUAUGUAUAGCAAAAUUAUGAUUGGAACCAGAAGGCAAGAACAAGAGGAGAAUGUUAGAUUUUUAUAUUCGGUUCCAUUAUUUCAAGAUGUGCACCCUGUGGAGAUCAAUAGAAUUUGCGAUAUUUUGAAACGUGAAUUUUAUCAAACUGGUACUGCCAUAGUUCGUCAAGGAGAACCUGGUGACAAAUUUUAUAUUAUUCGUGGUGGAAGCGUCGAAGUCACUCGCCGGGAGUCCGAUUUAGAGGCUGAUGCUCCUGCUGGUAUUCUUAACAGGGGCGAUUAUUUUGGAGAACAGGCUUUGAUUCAUGAAAGCGUAAGACUGGCAACUGUUACUGCCUUACCACCUGGUACAGAAUGCUUAACUCUCGAUAGAACCGCAUUUAUCGAGUUAUUAGGCAAUAUCAAAGAUUUGAAAGAAAAAACUUAUCCCGGUGCUGGAGCAGCUGCAGUCGUUACUGCGAACAAAAUUAUUAAUAAAGAUUAUGCACAUAUUCGCCUCAAUGAACUGGAAAUAAUUGGUACUUUGGGCGUUGGCGGAUUUGGUCGCGUGGAACUGGUCAGUCAUCCAUCCACACCAGACAAGACAUUUGCUCUAAAAUGUCUCCAGAAAGUUGAUAUUGUUCAGCAGCAACAACAGCAGCACGUUUACAAUGAGAAGCAUGUUAUGGCUAGUUGUGACAGCCCAUUUAUAUGCAGAUUAUACAACACAUAUAAAGAUACCAAAUACUUAUAUUUCCUAAUGGAAGCAUGUCUGGGAGGUGAUGUCUGGACGGCGUUGCAUAAAGCAAAAUGUUUUGAUGAGAAAACUUCUAGAUUUAUAACCGCUUGUGUUAUUGAAGCUUUCGAAUAUUUACACGACAAAAAUAUGAUCUUCCGUGAUUUAAAACCUGAAAAUCUCAUGCUAGAUACUAAAGGAUACAUCAAACUGGUCGACUUUGGAUUUGCCAAACGUGUGGAUCCAGGCAAAAAAGCUUGGACAUUUGCCGGUACUCCAGAGUACGUGGCGCCCGAGGUUAUUCAGAAUAGAGGUCAUGAUAGAGCCGUUGAUUAUUGGGCUGUUGGUAUUUUAAUUCAUGAGCUGCUUGUAGGAAAGCCACCUUUCCGUGGUUCUGACAACAUGAAAACGUACCAUCAAAUAUUGAAAGGAAUCGAUCAUGUUCAAAUGCCUGGAAAAGUUAGCAGAAAAGCCCAAGAGUUGAUUAGAAAACUCUGUAGACCUGCACCUGCGGAGAGACUAGGAUAUCAAAAAAAUGGAUUGCAGGAUGUUAAAAACCAUUCAUGGUAUUCAUCAGUUUCAUUCGACUGGGUGAGUCUCAAAUCUCAAGAAAUGCCUGCGCCACUGGUCCGCACAGUAGAAAAUUCAACAGAUAUGAGAAACUUUGACAAAUUCCCGAAGAACAGAGAAUUUCCACCUGAUGAAUUAUCAGGUUUCGAUAUAAACUUUUAAAAACACUAAUUUGCACACCUGAUAAUGUUACAUAAAAUCUACGUGGCUGCAGCGCUGCAUGCAACCUUCAGAAAAGGUGGAUAUAAGUAAUUGGUAUUAUAAAUACAGAUGUCAUUCUUGAAUAUAAGAAAUUAUUUAUAUAUUUGUAACGAUAAUAUUGAAAUAAAUUGUUUUAUAUUUCGAUAAUAUAAAAA